AAAUGAUUCUCCCUGAUCAAAAAGCCUUUAACAUAUUUUUGUGCCAAAAAUUCAAGGAAUAGCAUUUUCUGUGUUCUUUUUAAAAAUGAUAACAUUUUCAGUUCUGUGGGACUCAUCCAAAAUGAUUUUAUAGUCAUUGAUACUUAGUAUUUAAGCUUGGUGUUACACUGCAUAUUAAAACUUUAAUGAUUGCAUGUGUGUGUAUUUGUGUGUGAUAUCACUGUACUAAUGGAUUCAUAGAAUUAUUAUAUGGAAAUCUUAGUUUUAUAGAUUAUUCAAGUGAGGCUCCAGAAAAUUUAAAUAACCUACUCAUGGUCUUGCAGAUAAUUAAUGACUAAUUUGAAACUAAAACUCAGAUUUCCUUUUAAAUUUUUUUUUUUUAAAUUAGGUUUGGUAAUGGUGCACAAGUAUAUGCUAGUUAUUAUAGAAACUUUUCAGACCAUAAUUAUUUCUUAAAUUAGAUAAAUUAUAUUAUAAAUGUCUUACCAAAAUUGUUCUUCUUUGUAUUACAUUCUUGAGAAUGUGUCUCAAUUUUUACUGAUUUCUGUUUUAAUUUUUUUAUAGAGUUGGAAAAUAUUUAAGUCUCAACAAAUGAAUUCCACACUUGAACUCUGCCACAUCCCUGUGCCACCUCCUCCUUUAGAAAACCGAUCUUAAAACAAAGAGAUAAGUGUAACAGAAGGUAGAAGAAGAUGCUGGGAUCUGAACGUGGUGUUGUGGAAGAAUGGUUAUCAGAAUUCAAGGCAUUACCUGACACUCAGAUCACCAAUUAUGCAGCGACUUUACACCGGAAGAAAACACUGGUACCAGCCCUCUAUAAAGUUAUUCAAGAUUCAAAUAAUGAGCUUCUGGAACCUGUCUGCCACCAGCUGUUUGAGCUCUAUCGUAGCUCUGAAGUUCGACUUAAGAGAUUCACACUGCAGUUCUUGCCAGAAUUGAUGUGGGUUUAUUUACGGCUUACAGUUAGCCGAGACAGACAGAGUAAUGGUUGCAUUGAAGCUCUACUGUUAGGAAUUUAUAAUUUGGAAAUUGCUGAUAAAGAUGGAAACAAUAAAGUUCUAUCUUUUACUAUCCCUUCUUUAUCUAAGCCUUCAAUAUACCAUGAGCCCUCAACAAUUGGAUCCAUGGCUUUGACUGAAGGGGCAUUGUGUCAGCAUGAUCUCAUCAGGGUUGUCUAUAGUGAUCUUCAUCCUCAGAGGGAAACAUUCACAGCACAAAACCGGUUUGAAGUCCUGAGUUUUCUCAUGUUGUGUUACAAUUCUGCUAUUGUGUAUAUGCCUGCUUCAUCUUAUCAAUCUCUUUGUCGGAUGGGCUCCAGGGUUUGUGUGAGUGGGUUUCCACGGCAACAUGACAAACACUGGAAAGAACUCUGUGGUCGAAUAGUAUUGGAUCCCGAAUUUAUGGUGCAACUUCUCACAGGGGUUUAUUAUGCCAUGUAUAAUGGACAGUGGGACCUUGGCCAGGAAGUUCUUGAUGACAUCAUUUAUAGAGCUCAGCUAGAACUCUUUUCUCAACCACUAUUGGUUGCUAAUGCCAUGAAAAACUCAUUACCAUUUGAUGCUCCUGAUUCUUCACAAGAAGGCCAGAAGGUACUUAAAGUGGAAGUCACUCCCACAGUGCCGAGGAUUUCUCGGACUGCAAUUACAACUGCUUCCAUCCGUCGCCAUAGGUGGAGGAGAGAAGAUGGCUUUGACUUCUCAAACGAGGCUGACUCGAGUAUUCCUGGCACCCCGAUCCAACACGGCUCCACUGACCUAGGGAUCAAACGUGUGCAAGAGGGGGAGGUGCUGGUGCGCAGGACCCCUGAGCAUGGCUCACCGGAGCCCAACUCAGCAGCAGCCACAACAGAGGGUGCUGAGGGCGUCAAUGGAGAAGAAGAAUCGGUAAACCUGAAUGAUGCAGAUGAAGGAUUUUCAUCAGGGGCUUCCCUCAGCAGUCAGCCAGUUGGGACCAAACCAUCCUCUUCUCAGAGGGGAAGCUUAAGGAAAGUAGCAGCGGGGCGUUCAGUCAAGGAAAAAGAAACAGCCUCUCCCAUCAAAUCCAGCGAGAGCCCUCAAGAUUCAGUAGUUCGCAGGCAGUAUGUCCAGCAACCUACUGAUCUUAGUGUAGAUUCAAUGGAGCUGACACCGAUGAAGAAACACCUGAGUCUGCCUGCUGGCCAAGUGGUGCCAAAAACCAACAGUUUAAGUCUAAUCCGGACAGCCAGUGCUUCCUCAAGUAAAUCAUUUGACUAUGUAAAUGGCAGUCAAGCAAGUACCAGCAUUGGGGUUGGCAUUGAGGGAGUUACUAAUUUAGCAACUAACAAUGCUAAUCGAUAUUCCACUAUCAGUCUACAGGAAGACCGGCUAGGUCAAGCUGGAGAAGGUAAAGAGCUUCUCAGCCCAGGAGCUCCCUUAACCAAGCAGUCUCGAUCCCCAAGUUUCAAUAUGCAGCUAAUAUCCCAGGUGUAGUUUUGACAUCCUUUCUCAUCUUUCUGCUUACCUUUUAAACUGAACAUUUCAUUUUGCAAGAAGAAACUUCAUCCCAUGUUGUGAAAAUAUUAGUCAUUGUAAUCAGAUUUGAUUUAGUUUAGGUAUGUUCAUACUGUAUUUUGUAUGGAAACAGCAAUAAGGUUUUCCUUCCCCUCUUUUCUGUAUCUUCUCUUCACCCAUUCCUUGUAAAUGUGUUUGUGAAGCAGUAUAAAAUGUUUGCAUUUUCCAUGCCUUCCUUUUUCCUUGGGUGAUGUGCAAUCCAUCGUAGGCUGAUCGGUCCCAUUUCAACACUGUGAGACUGAGGAUAUGUUAGAGGAAAUGGUGUAUAUGAUCCCUAUGAAAUGAUUCUUUGGCUUUCUUUAAAAAAACCAACACAAAAAACGGGUUUGUUCUCAUAAUCUAUAAACUAUGAAUACUGGGUCAUAUUUUUUUCUCUCUUAACCAGGAGUGCCUCAGAGAUUCUGCUAUGACUUUGGACUUCUCUGAGUCUGUGCAAUCAUUUUCUUGAGAAGCAUGGGGAAAGGUGGUAGACUGUUGCACUUUUUCAUUAAAAUGAGAGUGGCUCUUUUUCUCCUAUCUCCUUUAUCUCGAAGACAUGAAUGUUUAGUUACUGAGGCAUUUAAAUCAAGUUGUGGCCACCUCCAUUGGAGGACAGUUGAUUGUGUAAUUGUAAUGCACUUUCUCAAUGGCUCUAUAGUCAUUAUUAACAUGUCUUCCCUCCUCCCCACAAGGACAUGAGGUUAUUUCUGUCCUUCAAGUUUGAACAGCUAACAAAUCAGAGAAUCCAAGGGGCAUGUUCUAUUUCCCAGGAAUGACUGACACUUUGGUGCUGGGGUUUUGUGGAGGGAGGGGUAGUUUUUGUUUAGCUUGUGUGGGAUUGUGUGUAUGAGGGGAAUUUUUGAUUGGUUUUCUUUAUUUUCUUUUGUGAGCUUAUGACUGAAGUAGAACAAGUACAUCUUCAGGUAAAGAGAGGGAUUUCUCAACCUAUUUUCUGUGAUGUCAGACUAUUGGAGAAACCCUUUCAGCUGCUUUCUAGAUGUACCUAAAACUCAGUCAGAUAUUUUGGAGUAAGGAACCUGAAGUCCUGAUAUAUCAUAUACUCCAAGGAAAUAAUACAUCAGGGACAGAUAAUUGGCUGAAAACACUGACGCUUCAAUGUGACACAUUUUUAUAGAACAUUUCUACCAGGGGGUACUGACUUGAUUUCUCCUACAAGGACCACACUGCCUUUUGUGUUUAAUGUAAUGCAAUUUGUGUACCUUCUAAUCAUAUAGCUGCAAAAGUUUCUCAUUUUUAUAAAACUUUGAAAUCAUACCAGUAAGCUAAAUGUUGAAUGUAUGUAAAGUAGCAUUUGGUAACUGUGCUACAGAAAUGCAUUAUUGGUAAAAAACAAAACAAAACAAAAAAAACUUGAUUUGGUUGGUUAAGAUUUUAUUAUGACCUCUUCUGGGUCUCAGGCUGUAAUGCUUGAUUGAAAUAGAAGAGAAUGUGUUGGUUUUUGAAAAUCAGUAUAUUGUGACUUGAACUGUUAUGUGUUAUCCUUCCACAAAAUACAUCAGAACUAUUAGUUAGACAUUUUUAUUUUAUUGUGAAAGAAAAACAUACUGAAUUUAUAGAAAGCAAGUAUUCUCAUAAUCAACAAAAUUUAAAAUUUUAUCACUACCAACUAAAAUUAUACUAGAACUUGAUAAAUAAAAUAACUGGAAAAAUUCCUCUUAUUCUUUUCACACCUAUAAAUCUCCCCCCCCCCUUCUUUUUUUAAUUAUAAGAGGUUUUUUGUUUGUUUUAUUUGUUUUUUAAGGGAUUUUCUGUUAGAAUCUUUAUAAAAACAAUGAGAUGCUUGUUUGAAUUUGGUGGUCUGUAACAUUUUCUAGCUCAUAUUAAAAUGGAAAACUAUAACCUGAACUAGUAUCUACAAAAUUGCCAAAGUCCAGGGUAAAGGUAAAAGUUGAUAGAGAUUUAUUGAUUUGUGUGUGUGUGUGUGUGCGUGUGUGUGUGUGUGUGUGUAUAUAUAUGGUGUGUAUAUGUAUAUAUCACAAAGACAUAUUUUAGGUAUCCCUUCUAAUUAAGAGAAGUCAGAUAAAUGAAUUAAAAAGUAUCCAAAAUAAAUGAAGUGUAAAGAUCUGUAAAAUAGUGAGGAAAGCAAAGUUUAGAUAUGAAAGAAAAAGAGCUUUGUACUUAACUAUGGCUGGACGUCAGUUACUUUUAUGACAGAAAUGUCCAGUUGAUUUAGGAGGCUGUUUUUAAUUCAACAAGUUGUACAUUUAUUGGCAUCUAACUCCUGUAUGAGUUUAGUUAAAGCACACAAAAAACCCCACAAAAUAAUAUUAAAUUGCAGCAAAAAGCUAUAAUAUAAGAUUUCCCUUUAGUUUAUUAGAAAUUUUAUACCUGAAAAGUUGGUUUUGAAAACUUUCAACUUAGGGGAUUUCAUUGAUCUGUGUGUAUACGUAUAUAUUUUGUAUGUAUAUGUAACACAUUAAUGUUGCAUGGCCCAUAACAUUUGUGUUUCAUUCUUUUAAGUGAUGUGAUUUGGCCCCAAUGAAGAAACAUUUCAUUUAGUUCAAACUUUGCAUUCAGGAUUUUAGAACAGAUUUCCUGUGCAAGGUAUAGUUUAAAUGGAAUGAGUUAGUUUAACAAACCCUAAGUCAAACUUUGUAAGAGAUUUUUUAUAUUCAUCUACAUUAUUUAUUAGAUUUCAUUAAAAAUAGUUCUCAGAUAUACAAUAGUUGUUAAAAAUCCAUGCCAGCAAUAUCCUUUAACAUACUUUUGUUUUAUACUUUCUAACUUUCAUUUAAAAGAAAAAAGCCCUUUUAUCUGUGGAAAAGCUGAUUAGGGAGAAAAUACUUGUUUUCUAUAAUAAAACAAUUUGAUGCCAUCUAUACCAGAUUGGAUUAAGAAAUAUCUGAAGGUUUGGGGAACUCUUCUCUAUGACAUUAAUUGAAAUCAUGUUACUAGAAAGCAAAUUAAAAUGUAAAGUGAAAAGCUAACUUAGAAGUAAAAUUUUUUAAAAACAGUUUGGAAGCUAGGGGAGGGGGUGGUGGUGGAUGUAAUUUGAAAUCCUGACCCCCUACCCUCAUAAUUACUCUUCUGUGCCUAUUAUAAAGUCAGAAUUUUUAUAUUAGCAGAGACCAUAGAGAUGAUUUUGCUAGUCUUGUAACAACAUUCCCCCCACCCCAUCCAUCCUCAGGAAACUGAGGCUCAAAAAGGUUGUGACAUAAUCAAGAUCACAUAACUAAGAAGCAGAGCCAGAAUAAAACUCCUGUUUCCCAUCAAAUGCAUAGUUGCACCCUACUGCCUCCCUUUACUUUUACUAUGGUAAAUGUGUUAUGUAACACUCUCCAUUUCUGCAGUUUUUGUAUAAUUUUGGACUAGUAGUUGGUGAAUACAACACAUUAAGUGUUAAAUCCAGAAAAAUGUAGAGUAAUAAAUAUAGAUAGGGAUGUGUUGGAAAUGUAGGUAUCUAUACCAUAGAUAUCAGGAUAGAUACAUUUUCCUUAUUCUAAUUUAUGCCUUACUAUUUUCUGCCACAUAACAGUAUAUGCUGCCAUUUUAUAGUGGAUUAUAUUGCUGGGAAUUUAUUUAAAUGUAAAAAUAAACCCAGUGAAAUGUCUUCAAUCAGUAAGUUUUGAAUCAGCCAGCUUUCAGUCACCUAAGUAGCAAGUUAAUUGUAUUGUACAAUGAAGCAUUGCAAAGUAAAGAUUAAAUUCAAUUCCACUAAUUUCUAAUGUCAAAAGAGAUUGAACCUUCCUUGUGCUUAGAGCAGAUAGACAAAAGCAACAUUUCCUUACGUGAUUAAAAAAGGGUUGUAGCGCAAAGUUUAUGAUUCAUAAUGGAAUGGUGACCAUCAUGUUAUUCAAAGUGUAUAUACCAUAUAAAAUGUCUUAAAUGUGGUAGUGUCAGCUAUAUAAGCUCAAUAAUUCCAACCUAUACUCUCAAAUUCCACUUAGUAGCUUUAAAUUAAUUAUAAUAUUUAUUAGACACUGGAAUACUGAAAAUAAUUCCUUUCAGAUACAUUUGUUUGCACUAUAUUUGUGAAUAUUUUAAUGAAGUGGUGUGUUUUUCCUACCUUACUUUGUGAGGUUUGUUAUGGGUCCAUUUUUGACUACUUUAGUUGUUGACAAUCAGUUAUCUCAUUCAAUUCUCUGCAUGUUCAUUUGUAAAUAAAAAAUUAGUAUGUGUCUUUAGGGGGUAAUACACUAUUUAUACAAACACUGGCAAGGAGGAUCCCUCCAUUUCUGAUUUUGGAUUACAAAGUAAAUUUUGUUUUAUGGUUUUUUAAAUCAGUAUUUCAGUUACCUAUUUAUUUUUCAGUUUAAAAAUGUUGAAUAGGUCAUGCCAGUGGUUGGAAAAUCUAUAAGAAUCUUAGGGCAACUUUUCUAUGCUAUGCCUAUGUUAAACAGUCUGAACAUGAUACUUUUUAUCUUUCAAGUUGAAUGAUUAUUGUCCUGUUUUAAACCACCAAGUUGGUUGAGAUCCUUAUUUGUAAUACUUUAAUUUUUUCUAAAGUGCUUCUUAGAAACAAGUUGUUUGAAAAACAACUAGAUAUUAUUGAUAACUGAAACUAAAUAUUAGCAUAUUUUCCAGAUUUUAAGGAUGGAAUGCAGUGUAAAAUUUUUAACAGUACAAAUAAAAUUAUAUUGAAUUACUAGAUUGGUACAGUUUUCCAUUGCCAAGGUGUUUAUGUUGAUUAGUGUAAGACAUAAAUUUUAGUAUUACCUGUUAUGUACCUAAUGGAUAUAUCAAAUUGGCACUGAACAUACAUAGGAAAUAUUACUCAUAGAGUCAUCCAAUGUGUACUUAAACGAUACUAGAUUUUUGAUGGUGCCAGAAAUUUGUGUGGUGAUCCCAAGCCAUGAGAAUUAUAGGAGUCAUCAUGACCCACACUUCCCCUGCCUGUGUAAAUCUGACCAUAAAACCACAGAAUUUUGGUAACCUCAAUCUCUCCAGUAUUUUUGUAGUGUUAAGCCAUUGGUCACGUGAGAAAUUUAUACAAGAGCAGACAGUUCAGGGUAGAAGUUAGCAGAAAGCUAGGAAUGAUGUGAAAUAUCUGGCAGCAUAGUACAGAAAUGAAAGUUCUAUGUUUUGCUUCUGGAUUUUGAGAAAAUGUUUACAAAUUAAGGCACAGUCAGACUUCUAUUAUGCUAUUAUGUUUAAUAAUAGAUUUUAUCCAAAAAAUUAGGACUAGGUGUGGCUUAAAGUAUAAAUGAGUCUUUUUAAAAAAUAAUUGUGUAUCUGGAAGUAGGUUAAAUAAAGAAAUUAUUUUAUUUUGAAAUUCUUUUAUUUUUAAAGUGAAAUGAACUUAAUUGGACAGUCCAUCCACAACUAAAGAAUUGAUAUUAAUCUGGUUUGCUGUAUUUGAGUGUCAACAGCUUAAUGUUAAUUAUAUCAGAGGAAAUUCUUUAUGUCUUCACUGAUUACAAAAUUUACCAAAGAAAAUGUACCAACCAAAUAUAAUUUUUAAAGUACCUAACUGUUAAGGAAUAAGGCUACUUUAACAUGAAAGAUUGCUUUCUAGCCCUGAGGGAAUAGAUAUAAACAUAUUCUUUGAUCUGGAACAUAGAUAUACAGUACCUACAAGAUUCCACUGAGGCUUUCUUAUCGUCAGUAAAGUGUCAACAUUUACACUUCCAGCAAAAGUACUAGUUAAAGGUUAAGUCCAAAUAUUAUUGCUGUGGCACAUUUUCAUGUCUCCUUAACUCAUAUUAAGGAUUCUGUUCAUCAGUAUUAAAUAAAAAAGGGGGUGAGUUCCUAAAGUUAGGAAUAAGUAUCACACAAUAUUGUAUGAUAUUGUGACUUUUUAAAAGUAAAAUUGAGGGGGAAAUUAUGGAAAUGCACCUUUUCAAAUGGGCAAUGGCAAUUAUUUCUAAUAAGUAUGAUAUGGGUUAAAAUGGUAUGUUUACAUAAUUUAUGUAUAUGAUCAUUCUGGGUGUAUUUUUUUCUUUGCAGAAAAACAUGAUUGGGUUAUGAAAAGCUAAAAUACUCUUUUUUUAAAAUGUAUAGACCAAUAAGAACUAAAAGAUUUACUUAAACUAUGAUUUUUUGUAGAAAAUAUGAAAUGUAAUUGUAUAUUAACUGAUGUUUCAAACAGGUUCUUUGUAUUAUUUUUUUCAUAUCAGUUGGUAGUUAAAAGUAAUGAAUAUAUCUAUCAGCUAUCUUGGAAAAAGAAGAUUGGUUUUCUAACAAUUACUAAUGUAGGUUUGUGGGUUUUAUCAUCCAAACUGAAUUGAGAGAUAAUGCUCAGUGCUCCAUGUGUUUUAAAAUAUUUGUAAUAAGUACAUCAACUACUUUACAGUGACUCUUUUUUAUUAUUCUAAAAAUUAUGCUGGCUUUACAUUCAGUUUAAGUAGCUAAGCGAAACAUAUUUAUGGUGCAAAGAUGAUUUUCCCCAUCAUUGGCCCUCCUGAGCUACAGUGUCUGAAGUUUUUACUACUUGUAUUAUUUUACAUAAUAUAUAGUCUGAUCUCUGUCAAAAUGGACAAAUAAAAAGAAAAUAUCCAACUUUCACAUGUUUGCUUCAUAAAAGGUUAUGGAAUGUAUGAUAGAUCAGCUCCAUCCCCCCCCCCCCUUUUAAACCAGCAUCAACCUAUAGCUUGAUAUAAAUUUCCCAAGUAUUCAGAGAGUAGUGCUGGUGAAAAUUUAAAUAGGUUAGGCAUGAAGAAAGUAUGAUCUCUAUUGACUGAUGUUCUUUCAACCUAGGACUAGUGAAAAUCUUUAUUUUUUUCCCCCAGAGCUGAAUUAAAAACCCCACACGUUUAAGAUCAUAUUUAUUGGUGCAUGUAAGCCAUUAUCUUAACUGUCUUACUGAACUGGUUAAUACGUUGAUUGUUGAAAUGUGAAAUGUAGACACUGUUGACCUGUAAAUAUCUGCCAGAGAUGAAAAAAUAUUUUAAGGUAUUGUAAAUAAAGAUGUAUAAAAUUCAUUAUUAGUCUGUAAUGCAGAAACCUAUGUAAGAUGUUAAAUAUUGUGUUCCUUGAGAGAUGUGUAAUUUUUCCCUAGUUGUAUCUAGUUACAUUAAGAAUGUACAUUUUCUUUUGUACAGUAUAAAAAUACAGCUUUAUUUGGCUUUUGACUGGAUUUCCCUGAGUUAAUUUUAUAUCUUACCUAAAUUUCAUACCUUAAAAUGAUCUUUAAUUGCAUUUUUAUUGCAUUUUUUCAAAGAAUUUAUGUAUGUCUGAACCUUUUAUUUAUAUGACACCCUGUUAAAUUAAGGCAGUUUAUAAAAUUAAGGCAAUAUAUACAACUACAUAUAACAUUAAAUAAAUAAGAAUGAAUGUGAAGGCAGAA